AUGAGUCUUCCUGGGAUCUAUGAAGAGCUGAGCAGAUCUUUUCCUCGGACAAACAAGAAAAGAAGGAGUGACCUUUCCAGACUCUGCAGGAAUAAAGCAUCUUUAUCUGAAAAUGGAUGGAAUUCCUAUUGCUUUACUUCAUUAGCUGCUCGGAACAUCUGUACUAGCAAGCUUCAUGACACUUGGGCUCAUUUAGAAUCUACUUCUCUUUCCUGUUCAGUAUGCAGCAACUCUUCUUGUUCCCUCUUAAAUGCCCUGGUUCUGGGAGAAUCUACCCAGGCCCUGCCAGCUUCUGUACGAAACCCAAACAAAGCCAUCUUCACUGUGGACAUCAAAACAACAGAGAUUCUAAUUGCAAAUGACAAAGCCUAUAAGCUUCUUGGUUACAGCAGCCAGGAACUGAUUGGCCAGAAAUUAUGUCGGAUGAUUUCAAAAUCCAACUGGGAUAUAGUGGAGGCACUGAAUGAAGAGCAUGUUGAUGUUCAAGGACAUGUAGCAGCAGUUCCUGGAACUGUGGUAGAUGUUAUUUCCUGUAGCAACGAAAAGAUCCCAGUUUCUGUAUGGAUGAGAAGAAUAAAAACUCAUGGAAGUCGGUACUGUGUGGUUGUUCUGGAGCCUGUUGAAAGACUUGCUGCUUCUGUUUGCUUCACAAGCAAUGGAGAGGUAACUUCAUGUGACUCCCUUUUUGCUCAUCUACAUGGCUACUCAUCACCUGAGGAUGUGAUUGGUCAUUACAUCACAGACCUGAUUCCUUCUAUACAAAUUCCUCCUCCUGGCAAGAAAAUCCCUAAGAAUUUCAAGAUUCAGAGGUCUGUGGGCAGAGCAAGGGAGGGUACAACGUUUCCUCUAAGCCUGAAACUGAAGGUGAACUUUCCUCCUGAAAAAACUACUUUGGUAGUAGAGGACCCUGUGCCAUGUUCUUUUGCUGCUACUGUCUGGGUGUUUACAACUAUCAGCGGACUGAUAACAGUGCAGGCAGAUGGUACAAUUUAUGGAAUCAACAAUGCAUUUUCUUUAAUGCUGUUUGGUUAUGAAAAAAGAGAACUGCUGGGAAAGAACAUCACAUUCCUGAUUCCUGGUUUUUACAAGUACAUGGAUAGAGUUGAUGAUUCUUCUUUGCCAUUGCCAUCUCUUGAAGACAAUGCAAAUACAGAAAAUGUGAGCUGCUUUGGUGAUUUUAAAGGAGCCCAGGUGGAUGCCUGUAGCACAGUGGAAACUGGUGAAGAUGCCUAUAAAAUGCUUUAUGAGUUUGAGCAAGAGAGCAUUCAGGAUGCUCACAAGGUCAAACACUGGAAAAAGUCAGUGUUUACCUUUGUGAACCAGUGUUUAGCCAUGGCCAACUUUAUGUUUCCAUUGUCCAGAGUGUGCCACUUUGAGGAUGUUAAGGUUCCCAUUGUCCAUGGACCUCAGCAAGGCAAAUUAAUUGUCAAUUCUGAUAACAUCUUCACCAAAAACAUCGUUUACAGAGAAAUUCUAACAGACUACAUACCUGUCAGUGAUAUGCCAGCCUGUGGUGAAAUAUCACCAUCUGAGAGUCCACAUGUUGAAGGAUUCUCUGAGACAGAAAAUGUAAGCCCUAUUGUCACACAGCAGUCUGAAGUAUGUACUCCAAAACAGGUUGAUUCAGAACCAUACGUAUUAAGUCAAGAGAGAACUAAAGAACUAGACAGCAGUCUUUUCAGCAGUGUCCCUGUCCUAGUUCAGGAAGAAAAUGAUGAUCGUUUGGAUACACAUCGUUUUAGUAGCACUUCAGUAUUUCAUGUGGUGAACAAGAAAGGAGAAAAGUCUGCCGUGUGCAGUAACACUUCUGUUGGACAUACUUUAGAUGAUGAUGAUUUAGAACCUGAAGUGAGUCUGGCUUGUGACGCUGUGCACACAUCAUUUCGUGCUUCCAGACUGGAUAAGGCAAUGUGUAGAACAGUAUCAAGUCCUAAACAAAACCAAGGAGGAACAGAUAACCUGCCACGUGCAAAUCUCAUAGGUAGCACAAAAAGUUCAGACUUUGCAACUAUUGCUGUAGAAAAUACAGCCUUCCUGCCUAAUGAAAGGAGCAGCAGCCACCCUUUUCCUGCAGCAACAGAAGGCACUGAUAGUGCCUCUUCAUUGGCAAGUGUGGCUGGCAACAAAGUGAGUGAUGACGUAGCUGCUGUUUGCUGUGGCCUGAAAGAUCUGGCACUGAGGAGUCAUGCACAGGUGAAUUCAGACUCCUCUGCUUCUGCAGAAGCAAAAAAGACAUGCUUGAUCAAAGAGGAAGGCCUCGGCCUGCCCUUGAACCUGGCAGAAAAACCUUUUGCACAAGAUCAGAUACGGUUCAUUGUGAGUGAUGGUUCUCCAACAAGCUGUCGGAAAAGCUUGAUCUCUUCCAAACAUUCAGUGCAGUGUAACAAGGAUAUACCUAGAUGCUGUACUUCAUAUGUUGAAAAUGCUACUGCAAGCAUGGGAAAUCAUAUGGAAAGACCUUCACAGAACGAUGCUCAUUCCCAAGAAGAAUUCAGGCCAUUAAAGCAUCAGAGCAUGGAACAGGUAACCUCAACACCUGUAAAACUAGAAGCUGUGCAGUCCCCAACAAGUACUUUGAACUAUGAUAUUUUGGAAGGCAGCUAUUCGGGUAACUGCUACCAUAGAGAUGGUUCCCGACUUGCUAUAAUCUUUGAAGUCAAACGUGUGGAACUGCAGGAGCCUUCUGCUCUUUUCUGUAUUUGGGUUAUGAGAGACCACUUCCAGAGCCAGAAACAAGCAGCAGUCAAGACACAGAUGCUUCUUUCCAGUUUGGCUAGUUCUUCUCAGACCUUAGCUGAUGUGUCUGCACUUAGCUUGGCAGAAUUGAUCAAAACACCCUUAUUUGAAAAUUCACGACGAACUGAAGAGUUAGAAAGGCUGAGGGCUUGUGAGGGAGAGUAUGGAAAGAACUACGAAACACUUAGUCUCAUUGGCAGAGGAGCUUUCGGUUUUGUCUGGACAGCCAGAUGCAAAAAGGAUCACAAGGAGGUUGUUGUGAAGUUCAUUCUGAAGGAGAAGGUGUUGGAUGACUGCUGGGUAGAUGAUCCUGAGCUGGGGAGAGUUACUCAAGAAAUUGUGAUUCUGGUAAAGCUGCAGCACCCCAGUAUUAUUAAGGUGCUAAAUGUAUUUGAGAACGAGCAGUUCUUCCAGCUAGUGAUGGAGAAACAUGGGCCAGGUCUGGAUCUCUUCUCUUUCAUUGAUAACCAGCCCAGUAUGGAUGAACCUUUGGCAAGUUUCAUAUUCAGACAGCUGGUGUCUGCAGUGUGCUAUUUCACUAUUAAGCUGGUAGACUUUGGCUCGGCUGCCUACCUAGAACCGGACAAGCUGUUCUACACGUUUUGUGGAACUAUUGAGUACUGCUCUCCAGAAGUGCUGUCAGGCAAUCCGUAUCUAGGACCAGAACUGGAGAUGUGGUCUCUUGGAAUCACCCUUUAUACGUUAGUCUUUGGAGAAAAUCCUUUUUGUGAGCUGGAAGAAACCAUGGAGGCCAUUUUAAAACCUCCCUUCAGUGUGUCGGCAGACCUGAUGAAUCUCCUCUCUGGACUCCUGCAUCCUAUUCCAGAGGACCGCACCACUCUGGAAAUAGUUGCAAAGGAUACUUGGGUGACCCAGCCUGUGAACCUGGCUAAUUAUACCUGGGAAGGAGUAUAUGGUUCUGCUAAGCCAGAAGGCAUCCGCUUCAAAAUUAAUCCCACCAGCUGCAGUCACAGCACCUGGACAGUUCCAAGCCUGGAAAGUGAGCAGAGCUUAAAUGAUGUGGCUGCCCUCAGGCUGGUGGAACCCCUGCCAGAAAGAACUAUCAGCGCUACUGAGCAAGAACCAUCAACUUCUUUUCGUUGGCGGAACUACUGA